UUUUCUUCUCACUUCGCCCUUCUCACGCGCAUUCCUCCAUCGUUUUCGUCAUUCGUGAUUCGUAUGAAAAAGUGUGUCGUGAAUUCAAGUGGUGCAGUGCCCAUUUCAAGUUAUUUUUCAGCGGUAAAAUUCGAGGAUUAUUUCUCAAACUUCGUUCAUCGGAUAGAUUAUCAGGGUUGAAAUCGCCAAGCGCUAGCGCUACGCAGUUGAAAGUAUACGUCGAUCGUAGCUCGUCGCACGCUGUGAUGAGCAGUUCAGCAGGUGGGGUAGUCGUAAGUAACGCGUUGCCUGGAGGAAACUGCAUGAGUUCGGAAGAUAAAUCGAAUAAUUUAGCAUCGACGACGGCGAAUCCUUACGGAAUGGCUUAUCAACAGUACGCUCAGUAUUGCAACGCGUACUAUCAGCAGUUGCAGUACAAUUCCGGGGGGUCAAUGUCGACGAAUGUUCCGCCACCGCCGAUGUCGGCCAGUGGAGGAGGGGGUUCUCCCGGAGGUGGCGCUGCGCCGGGUUUCACAAGCGCCACGAUGUCCACCGUAUCCGGUGGUCCCGGAGGAGACGGUUCCGAUGGAUCGUCCUCACCGUCGUCAGGUAGUUUAUUGAACAAGUCGUCAUUUUUUAGUCCUCAGCAGCAGCAACAGGAUGGGAACAUGCAAGGAUUCAAACAAGCGCCGAGUCAGUUCGGACCGAUUCGAUUCAAUAUCAACAAGCAACCCCAGAGGGUGAGUCCAUUGGUGCAGCAGAGCAACCCUCUGUCGGGUGGAUCUCCUCAGUUGCCCCCGCCACCACAACAGCAGCAGCAGCAGCAACAACAACAACAACAACAGCAGUUCAAUCAGAACAAUCAGCAGAUGAGCAAGAGAAAAAAGAAAAAGAACAAGAACAAUAUGAACAACAACAACAUGGCAAAUCAGCAGCAGAACAAGCAGAUUUUUAACAAUGGAGGAAUACCGCCAUUGAUGCCGCCGGUUCCUCCGGCUGCUCCGAACUUUUCCUCGCCGGUUCAGGUGCCGGAUUUGAGCAAGCCUCCACCGCCGUUUCCCGGUCAAUCCGGUAUGGUUGGGGGAACUAUUAGUACCACUGUUCCACCGCCGCCGGUCAUGAAGAAACCGGAUCCGUUCAACAAUCCGACCGACACUUGGCCAGAAAGUCUGAACAACUUUGUCGCGCGCUGUUACGCCAAAUGCAAGACAGAUUUCGAUAAGGAUCAGAUCGAUAUUUGCCUUAAGGGGCGCAUCACAGCUGCCGCGAACAAAGGUGAAUUGUGGACCAAGGAUUGGGAUAACGAGCCGGUGCCGAGCGUUCAUAGCGAACGGGCCCUGCUGACGCCAAACCAGAACAAACCGAAACAAUCCGGAAUCGUCGGUAGCAUUAGCCAGUAUCAGAACCAGAACAACCGAAGCGGUAGUCCUUCUCCUCCCAAUGGAUUCGGUCGAAACAGUCAAAACUUUGCCGCCCGCAAGAACGGCUCCUCUGGUGGGCUGGGGAUGCCCCAUUCGCUCGGUUCUCGCCUGGGAAACAAGUCCGGUUCGAAAAAGUCUCGCUCGUCUCGUUCGCGCUCCCGAUCUCCCUCAAGUCGCUACAGCACCAGCCGGAGCCGUCGCAGUCGGUCUUCCAGCACGGAGUCCCGUUCACCUCGCCGCAAGCGCCGCUCCUCCGAUAGUAGCGAAGAUGGCGGAAGUCGCAACUCCUCCGUCGUAGGAAAAUCUUUCAAGCUCAAAAACCAAAAAGUCAAUCAGAAAAAUAAGUCCAACACCAAAAACCAGAACCACCAGAAACGGUCCGGUUUCUACUCGGAGCAUGGUCAGAUCGGAGGCGCCGUGGAUGGUGAUCAGGAAGCGCUGAAGAAACGUGCCGCCCGGUUCAACUCCAACAGCAAGAAAAUCUCGCCUCCCAGCUUCGCCGCCGCUUCCCCGCUGAAGAAACGCCUGCAGAUGCCGACGCCUUCCCGACUGUUCAUCGAUGAUGCCGCCGGAGACGGAGAUGGUGGCCUGGACCUGUUCGACCUGCACAUCGUGGGAACCUGUCGCGAUCUGGAGAAGAGCUUCCUGCGGCUCACGAAGGCCCCCGCACCGUCCGAGGUGCGACCGGUCGAAGUGCUGCGCUACUCGCUGCAGAACGUCAAGAACAAGUGGGUCGAAAAGCAGGACUACUACUAUGCGUGCGAUCAACUCAAGUCGAUCCGGCAGGAUUUGACGGUCCAAGGCAUCCGCGACGCGUUCACCGUGCAGGUCUACGAAACACACGCCCGCAUUGCGAUGGAAAAGGGCGACCACGAGGAGUUCAACCAGUGCCAAACGCAGCUCAAGAUGCUCUACUCCGAAGUGGGGGGCGAGAAUAUUCUGGAGUUUACGGCGUAUCGAAUCCUGUACUACAUUUUCACCAAAAACACGCUCGAUCUGACCACCAUCCUGAAAGCGCUCACUGCCACCGAACGGGAACAGGACGUGAUCAUUUUCGCGCUCAAACUCCGUUCGGCUUGGGCCCUCGGCAACUACAGUCGGUUCUUCACGCUGUAUCGGACGGCCCCAUUGAUGGCCGGUUAUCUGAUUGAUUGGUUUAUCGAGCGAGAGCGCAAGAACGCCCUGAAGACCAUUAUCAAAGCUUAUCGUCCCAAUUGCCCGGUGGACUAUGUCAGUCAAGCGUUGGCCUUUGAGAGUGUGGACAAAUGUUUCGACUGGUUAUCGACGUUCGAAUUGACCUUUAUUACCAAGCAAGGCGCGACUGCGGAGGAUGGAGGUGCUGCUGCUGCUUCGACGACAUCGGUUACGAGAUUCAUCGACUGCAAGACCAGUAUGAACGCGCUGGCAAACUUCUAAGCCUAGUCUCCUCGUGAGCACCCCAACAAGUGGUGCAAGGAAACCCAACAUCAAACCAAACUUCCGUCAUGGCGCCAAGUCUUUGUCCUUCUGGUCUGGCCGUUAGUCGAUUGAUUUUCGGGAUCAGCCCGAAUCGUUGUUUCCGCCAUGGAGAAAGUUUCGCCAGAUCGGAGGAAAGUAAAUAGUUGGCCGUUUUCUUGAGAAGACCAAGAGGAAUGCGUUUUAGAAUUCCUCUUCCUUUGGGAGGACUUCAGCUGCGUGCCCGGAUUGCCAAGUCGAAGAUGGUUGAGGGGACUGUGGAGCGACGAGAGAAGAAUGAUGGAUCCAGAGAUUUCUCGCGGAAGGACGAGAAAGAAGAAAAUUGUGUUGUGUUGCGUGAUUGAAUAUCUGAUUAUGAACUGUCGGUGGUAACCGAAACGGAGUGGACACUACUUCCGAGAAGGGGUGCGCCGAUGAAGAUUGUCUGAGUCCGCUGAGCCUUGUGGGGAUCGACUGCGAAGGAGGACGCGGCAUCCAUGACAUGGAGCAGAAGCCCGGAGGCUUCCGUGUGGAUCACAAACUCGAGGAUUUUGAAAAGAUCAAGAGUAGCAUGAGACUGUCCGGCACGGAACUGCCAAGUCUGUGGAAACGAGCAAGAAUUGCUGACUAGAAGAUAGAAGUCUUCAAACAAAUCGAAGUUAGCAGAAAUGUGUCGAAAGUCUAUCAGAAGCUUCCUGGAAGACGUCAUGACAAGUAAUGUGUUACCAGCAACCAAAUGAAGCUAAACUCAAUGAGCCAGGACAACUCGGGAGAGUUGCCGAAGCAAGCUACCAUCAUCUUCGGUGUAACGGUCGUACGCAGGAGACGCAGCUGAUUGGCCCCUAGAUCCUACCACAAGGCUGGCGACUAGACAUCGAUUGAGUCGUAAAUUACGCGUCGCGUGUGUUGUGAAAACCCGAGUGAAACUCUGGGAUGGAUUUCUUCUUAGGAACUCUACUGCUACCAUUGCAUUGCUCUUUCGAAGAUUGUCUUGUGAGAGGGUGCUGGGUUUUGUAUAUAACGGCCCCGGGUGAUAGCUGAUUUCCACCAACAUUAUCCAUGAUCGUUGAUAAGUGUAGCAAAGAAGAACUUUAAGCCAAUUUUAGAAGAAUCCUGUAUGAACUUAGUGACUAGGUGUAAAUAUUUGAUUGAAGAACUUCUAACUAGAUGAACUCUUUAAGUGAUUUUUGGGUUGGGUCAAACAUCGGAUUUCGUUGGAUUUUUUGAAUAUUCAUCAAUUCGCUGGAUCGAAUUCAGAACGGGAUACGGACAAUUGUACCCGGGGAAAAUUUUGCAGGUCGGAAACCGAGAGCGCACAAUUUGCUGCACCAGUAUAUGAACGAUCAACGCCUGAUCGAUAGUGCACGGUGCGACAUACCGAAAGAAAACUACAAGUCAUUUUCCUGAAAAACUCCCAAAACACUGUCCAUCCGCAAGCAGUAAUUCCUUUUCCCUAAUAUCCCGUCUAAGCCACUCUGUACGAUCCCGUCUAAAGCCAAUCCUAUCCCACGAUGAUUCCCAAUGUCCCCCCAAUUUAAAACAACCGAUAGCUGCUGAUCUUCCGAAGUUCUCGUUCAACGGAACGGAAGCGAUUGGAGACACUGAAGAGCCAGUGCGCUGGUGGAAAGCAAAGCGGCUGUGAAGAUGAAAAUGGUUCGCGGCGGUGUAAAUCUCCAUACUUUAAUUUUCGAUUUUGUUUUGCUUUAGUUUUUUUAUCAUUAUUGUUUCCAUUUUGUUUUUGUCGUUAACUAGUUGUACUUGCCAAUAAAAUAUAAUUUCUAAUGAAAGAACUAGCAUUCGCCGCGUGAGAUGCAGCACCGUUUGAUCGCUAUGGAUAGUUUUCCCUGCCCUUUACGAACUCCAAAAUGCCUUUGGAAAGUUCGAUCCCGAUGAUAUUCAAUAAAGUUUCGUUUUCAUUAAAAAAUGA